CCCUAGCUCCCAAAGUCAACCCAAAAGUCUGGAUCCCUUCAACCCCUAGUCGGUUUUCUUCAUAGACAUAAACCACCGGUUUGGACCCCUUAAUACGACGGGUUUGGUUUCUUUCCUUUUUCACUCCCUUAUGCUGGUUCGGGUGUCAAACCUCUCGCCAUGGCCUCUUCCAGCGGUAACAUACAGUCUCAAGCAAUCGCCCUGAUCUUCGCCUUUCCCGCCCUUGCGACGAUCGUAGUGGUGCUGCGGAUCUACAUUCGAGUAUGGACCCAAACGUUCGCUCUCGAUGACUGGGUUAUCUGUUUUGCAGGGAUCCUAUACUGGGCUGAGACAAUCACUUCGUACUAUGUGAUCAAGAACCUAUACAUCGGAUACCAUGUUUGGGAUAUCCCAAAGACUAGAAACACAGCGUUGGCAAAUAAGUAUGCCUACGCAACCGAACUCAUUUACAACCCAAUUCUGGCGGUCAUCAAAACUUCCAUUCUACUCUUUCUACUACGCCUGACGGGCCAGAAAAUCGCCGUGCGCAGAGCAAUUUGGGGCCUUCUCAUCCUGAAUGGAGUAGCGAUGGUUGCGACAUUCCUUCUCACGACAUUCCACUGCAUUCCGAUUGCAUCGAACUGGGAUGCAGCCUCGUAUCCGAACGCCAGGUGCAUCAAUUUCGCCAACUUCGUGACCGGCACCGCCUGUGUCUCCAUCUUCACCGACGUUCUAGUCCUGAUUCUUCCUACCUGGAUCGUGUACAAUCUUCGCAUUGCACAGAAACAAAAGCUGAUGCUCAUUGGCAUUCUGUCCUUUGGUCUCAUCACGGUGAUCUCCGGUAUCGUGCGAGUUGUCCUUCUCGACAGAUACGACCGACACCCUCCAGCCGACUACACCUACUCUGUUCUGUUCUGCAUUUCUACCAUUGAAGUCGGCCUUGCCUUUGUCGCCGCAUGCGCGCCAUCUUUGAAGCCACUUGCUGCGAAGCUGCUCCCCAAAGUCUUCAGCAACCGAAGUCGGAGUGGACCUCAGUACAGUCGCGGAGAAGGUACCAGCGGUAGACUGGGCUACAACAUGGACGCCUUGUCCCGAUCACGACGAACCCAGAAUGAGGGCAAUCUUACGUUGGUAGAGGCCGGCGAGGAUGAGCGACAAUAUAACAUAGGGCGUAGCGAUAAGCCUGGAAUUAUGAUGACCACAGAGAUGGAGGUCAAAUGGCACGGAUCGGAUAGCACCAACCACCCAGUGAAUGAUGGAAGUAGUACGGAAAGCCUUGUGCAGCCACGGCGAUAGACAAGACCUUGCUUACAUCCUCUGGCGUCCAUUUAGUCUUCAAAUAUACCUCUAUAGAUAUCUAUCUAUCUACCUAUCUAUCAAGAUAAAGAUCUCACAC